AUUCGGGGCUUCUGGUUCAGUCAUGUGAUGUGGACGGAGUGGAGGCCGUUGCGGAAGAGCGGUCGCUGCGCUGUUGACGUGCACUUUCCAUUAAUUGUGCCUUGCGAACGGAGCUCCGGCUGUGACGGACGAGCAUGUGGCGGCGAGCGGUUUGCCUGGGCUGGGCGGCCUUGCUGUGGCUAGCCCCGUGGAGCGGUGUGCGGGCCGAGAGCUCCUUCACCUACCCGGAGCUGUGCGGGCAUACCUGGGAGGCAGUCGACAUAGAGAACGGAACAUCUUACAAAAUAAACCUCUGUAGCCCAUUACAAUGUGGGCAGCUUAGUGCUAUCUGUGCUUACAGUUCCUCAAAGAAAAGCAACUAUUCAGUGGGUAACUUUGUACUAAAGACUGGGCUUGUGCAUCACUUUGAGUACAAUACUACCCGGAAGUGUUCAGAACAAAAGACUAUCCAAAGCAGCAUCAGUUUCCUAUGUGGGAAGACCCUGGGCACCCCUGAAUUUGUGACAACUUCUGAAUGUGUGCACUACUUUGAAUGGAAGACUUUUGUGGCUUGUAAGAAGAGCAUUUUCAACCCCAUAAAAGAGGUUCCCUGUUACGUGUUUGAUGAAGAUGGAAAGAAACGGGAUUUGACUCCACUAAUAAAGCUCUCAGGAGGCUAUUUGGUCGAUUCUCCAGAUGAUGAUGACCUCUAUAUUAAUAUUUGUAGAGAUAUAAGGCCUUUGAACGAGACUUCUGCAUGUAAACCAGGCAGCGGUGCCUGUUUAUUGAAAGGAUCUACUGCAUUUGACGUUGGCCAUCCAACAGAUGCUUUGAAACUAGCUGGCAAAGACAGGGUAGUACUUCGUUAUUCCAGAAGUUAUUCUGGAGGUGAGAAGCCGCCAGAUUUUUGUGGAGAACAUGAGCCAGCAGUGACCAUUACUCUUAUCUGUCCUCCUGGCAGAAGAGAGGGUACAAACCCCAAGAUGAUUUCCAGUGUUAACUGUCGCUAUGAAAUUGAAUGGAUGACUGAAUACGUUUGCCCUACAGAUUACCUGAUAAGCCAGAGUUGCAAGCUUAACAGUAAACAACAUGACAUCUCCAUUGACUUGACUCCCCUUGCCAAACCUGCAUUUGGUUCGUAUCUCGUUGUCCCCAAGAAGAGAGAGGGUGCCACUGAGGAAUACCUCUAUUACCUGAACGUGUGUAAAGAGACCAAGUCUGGAGGUUGCAGUGGUGGCAAGAGUUAUAUAGCAUCUUGUCAAACCAAAAGAGACGGCAGUUUCCAUAAGGUUGCUGGGCGUUUCAAAAAUCAGACACUUCGGUAUUCAGAUGGUGACCUGACAUUAACGUUACCUGAUGGAAAUUCUUGUAGUUCGGGAUUUCGGCGGAUGACUAUCAUAAACUUCCACUGUAAUGAAACAGCUGCCAAUGAAGGAAGGGGUAAUCCAGAAUUUGUUGCUGAAGUUGACUGCACGUAUAUCUUUGACUGGGGUACAAAGUAUGCUUGCGUGAAAGAAAAAUACCUUCCCUGUCAGACCUCUGAUAGAAAGAAGCGAUAUGACCUCUCACCAUUGACUCGAUAUGCAGCAAGCGAUGUUCCCGAGUCGGACAACACACGGAACUGGGAGGUGCUGGACAGCAACUGGAGGCCUGACCACAUGCAGAUUUACAUUAAUGUAUGCCACAAUAUACUGAAGGAUAAUCAGACAACAGGAUGCCCUGCCGAUGCAGCGAUCUGUUCUGUAGGUCAAUAUGGAGCAAAGUCUCUUGGGAAAUUUGUUUCAUCACCUAAAAAAGAAGGCAACAACAUUCAGCUUGUAUAUUCAGGUGGUGACUUGUGUGGAGAAACAGUCCAAAUCAAAACUAUAAUUACUUUCGUAUGUAAUCCUGGGGAUCUGGAGAGUCCUCCUAUCCUGAAGACCAGCUUCAAUGGGUGCUUAUAUGAAAUUGAAUGGCGCACAGCUGCUGCUUGCACUUUAUCGAAAACUCAGGGCGAUUACUGCACGGUUUCCGAUCCAGAAGCCGGCUACUACUUCGACCUUUCAUCGCUUACCAAGCAGAAUGACAGAUAUGAAAUUAAAACUGAGAAGUAUAACUUUUAUAUCAACGUCUGUGGCAAUGUAUCCCAAGAGUCCUGUCAACCAAAUUCAGGUGCCUGUCAGGUUUCUCCCGACAAAGAGGCUUGGAGCCUAGGAGUAUCCAACUCCAGACUGGUGUAUUAUAAUGGAAUUAUUCACCUGACCUACACAAAUGGGACACCCUACAACAAUCAACACCACACACAGCGAUCUGCGCGAAUUAUGUUCCUGUGUGAUCAGGAUGCAGGAGUAGGAUAUCCAGAAUUUGAGGAGGAAGAUGAACACACUUAUAACUUCAAGUGGUACACUGAAUAUGCAUGUCCUGAAGUGCCAUUGGAGUGUCUAGUGACGGAUCCACUCACGGAGCAGCAGUAUGACUUGUCAAGCUUAUCUAAGUUUGAAGACCGUGAUGAAAGCAACUGGUUCGCCAUGGACAUGUCAACGAGUGAGCGUAAGAAGUAUUACAUCAAUGUUUGCCGGCCGCUGAGUCCAGUCCAAGGGUGUGAUCGCUAUGCUGCAGUGUGCCAGAUGAAAUAUGAGAGAGAUUCAAUGGGUGCUCUUCGUGAAAAAGUAUCUAUCAGCAAUCUAGGGAAGGCCAAAAGUGGACCCAAGCUGGAAAAAGGUGGACAGAUUAUCUUGGAAUAUGUAAAUGGUUCUGUGUGUACCAAAUCUAAUGGUGCACAGGACUCUUACACAACACGUAUUCACCUGAGUUGUUCAACAGAGUUGUCCACAGGUCCAAGGUUCAUUGACCAGAAAAACUGUGUGGUCACCUUCCUGUGGGAAACUGAAGCAGCUUGUCCUGUCACCACAACCGAAGACAAGGAAUGCACAGUUAAAGAUCCUAACACUGGUUUUGUCUUCAACUUUCUGCCUCUGGCUUCAAGUGAGGGUUAUACAGUGUCUUCGAACCAAGUAACUUUUAAGCUCAACAUCUGUGGUGGUCUAGAUGAAUGUGGUAAAAUAGGAAACAAGACAGCAACUGGCUGUGAAAUGCAUGAACAGGAGGCAGUGCGUCUAGUCGGACAGGAAACUGCAUUUCAGGUUUCUACUGAUGGUCUCAUAACGCUCACGUACAAAGGUGCAAUGAUGAUAGAGUCAGGAUUGUGGGAUACAUUUAUUAUCCGUUUUGUCUGUGACACUAAUUCCUAUCCUGGAAGCAUCGUCUUUCUGCGAGAAGAAAUUGGGACUGCAACACAUAUCCAUGACACCUUCUUUGAGUUUUAUACAUCACUGGCUUGUUUCCCUGCUCCAGUUGCUUGUCUUGUCAGUGAUGCAGCAGGCAAUGAAUAUGACCUGAGUGAGCUUGCGAGGGACGAUGAUCCUUGGAUUGCAGUUGAUACAGCCGAAGGUGGGAAAAAACGCAUAUUUUAUCUAAAUGUCUGCAAGCCCUUGCCUCCAGUUGAAGGUUGUCCAGGUGGUGCUGUAGGAUCCUGUAUGAAAUAUGCUGAUAAGGGUCAGAACUUGGGUUACAUUCAGAUGCGUCCGCAGGCUGGGACUGAUGGCUCCCUGAGCAUUGCCUAUCGGAAUGGCGACAAGUGCAAAGGCGGUCUGCAGUAUUCCACACGCAUCCUCUUCCAGUGUGAUGAAGUCCCAGGCUCCCCUGUAUUUGAAGACUUUGAUGAUUGCGAGUAUCUUUUUGUGUGGCGUACUCCUGCUGCAUGUCCGGUUCGCAGGGCCCAAGGUGAAAAUUGCCAGGUUAAAGACCCCAAAUAUGGUUAUGUACUUGACCUUCGCUCACUCGCAAACAAAAACUAUCAGGUUAAUGUUGAUGAAUACACAUAUUACUUCCGAGUUUGUGACCAGUUGAGAGAAUUCAAGUGUGGAAAUGACACAGGCAAUCGGGCAGAUGCAGUUUCAGCAUGUCAAGUGAAAGGAAAUACUCACAAGAUUGCUGGACGAUUUACUCAGAAGCUAACCUACGAAGAUGGGUUGAUAAUGAUCAACUAUACCAGAGGAGACAUUUGCCACAGAAUCUACCAACGAUCGACAGCCAUCCUGUUCUACUGUGACCACAGACAAACCCCGGGCAAGCCAGUGUUUCUGAGAGAAACCCCAGACUGCACAUACCUCUUUGAAUGGCGCACGUCAUAUGCUUGCCCACCUUUCCAAUCCAUUGAAUGUACUGCACGGGACAGCAAUGGAAACUCCUAUGACCUCUCUUCCCUAUCACAGUCCCACGCGAACUGGGAAAUAGAUCAGCAAGCAAAUGUCGAACAGAAGUACUAUAUCAAUGUCUGCAAGUCGUUGGUUCCACAAAAUGGCAGCUGGGAAUGUCCCUUCCGAGCGGGAGUCUGCCUGAAGGACGGCAGCAAGUACACCAGUUUGGGAGAGGUGGUUGCUGGGCCCCGGUGGGAGGAUUCUGGAGUGCUCACCCUGCAGUACGAGAAUGGAGACCUAUGUCCUGAUGGAAUUCGCAAUAAAACAGCCACCAUACGCUUCAAAUGUGAUGAAAAUGCUAUCAACACAAAGCCGUAUUUGAUCACUGCCAUUCUAGAUUGCAAGUAUACAUUUUUGUGGUUUACUGCAGUAGCCUGUCCGGUGACCAAGAACGUACACAAUCAGUGCAUGGUGACUAACCCUGUUACAGGGCAUCUGUUUGACCUAAACUCACUGCGAACCAGUCAGGGUUAUAUUGUAUAUGACCCUAAAAGUACAGGCAGAUUCAUUCAUCUUAAUGUUUGUGAUCAUGUGGCGGGCACUGGAUGUUCGGGUGAUAAUGUUGGUGUGUGUAUCACAGACAGACAGAGUGUGACCAAUGCAGGACGUUUCAGCAGCAACCUGACGUACAUCGAUCGCGUUUUGAGGCUCACCUACGAUGGAGGUGAUGCCUGCUCCAGCAACCCUGCACUUCAUCACAGAAGUAUCUUCAGUUUCGUUUGUGGCCCGCGUGCAGGCUCCAGGACUGGGCCGGUUCUGGUGGCUUCGGACGAGAAGACGUGCACUCAUUAUUUUUCUUGGCACACGCAGCUGGCCUGUGAACAUGAGGUGAGAUGCUCAGUGAGGAAUGGCAGCUCAAUCAUUGACCUGAGUCCUCUGAUGCAAACGAGUGGUUAUUACACAGCGGAAGAUGAAGAUGUGGCUGAUGGCCAAGGCGAUUCACCUGAUUUUUACAUUAGCAUUUGCCAGCCGUUGAUGCCUCUGCCAGGGAUUAACUGCCCCCCUGGUUCGGCUGUGUGUAUGGAUCCUGUGGAUGGGCCGCCUGUGACUAUUGGCUAUAUCUCUGGACCUCCGCAGAUUAAUUUGGUGACACAGGAGAUCUACGUGACCUUUACCAGCAACACCACUUGCCAAAUGGACAAGAAACUUACUUAUGACUCUCUCAUUGUAUUUCAUUGUGUCAGAGACGUAAGCCUGGGAAGACCAAAGAUGAUAAGAAAAUCAGACUGCAGUUAUGUAUUUGAAUGGGCAACUCCUCUGGUUUGUCCAGAUUCGGUGAUUACAUCGGGCUGCUCGCUAACUGAGCAACAGUUAGAUUACACAUUCAAUUUAUCUCCUUUGUCAGGAGGAAGAUAUCAGGUUCGGUCUGGGCAGAGGACAUACCACCUUGAUGUAUGUGCGGCUGUGACAGAUGUCCCCAGCAAUAAGUGUAAGGACAGUGCUGUCUGUUUGGUCUCAGCAACUGAAGCAGUUUCCUUCGGUAAUCCAAAGGCAAUGACGCUGGAGUACAAACACCAGGACCAAGCCUUAUUUUUGCGCUAUGGCGGUACAGAGCUGUGCCCUACAGUCACCAAAACAGGAAAGCUGUGCGUGUUUCCUUUCACGGUCCUUGGAACAUCUUACAAUAAGUGUACUGCUGCGGGAAGAACUGAUGGAUUACUGUGGUGUGCGACAACCAGUGACUUUAACAAGGAUAAGCAAUGGGACUUCUGCAGCAAUGCAACUGCAACUCGGAAAUCAACGAUCAUCUUCAAAUGUGAUGACACAGCUGAAGUCGGUCAUCCCGAGUUGUUGAGUGAGACCCUUGGUUGCUCGACAGCAUUUGAAUGGAGGACGAGUGUCAUUUGUCCACCCAAGCGGAUGAAAUGCAAGAUAGUUCACAGUCACAAGACUUAUGAUUUGAGAAUGCUUUCUUCUCUCACCGGAUCGUGGAAGUUCUCUUCUCAUGGUUAUACGUACUACAUGAAUCUCUGUGAAGGAGUUCAUGAAGGACCCACCGGCUGCCCUCCAUAUGCCAGUGUGUGCAGGAAGGCUAAAAGUGCUAGAACACAGAUAUUGGGACUUGUUCAUAGCCAGAAAAUAGAUGUUCAAGAUACACACCUUUCUGUGAGUUACUCAAAUGGCUAUUUUAACUGUAGUACAGGCAAACGUGCAAAGACUGUUAUACAACUGCAGUGUUCGUCGACAGGAGGAGUACCAAAGCUAACAAGGUUUGAUGAAAACGAGUGUGAAUUUUUAAUUUCUUGGGAGACCCGUGCAGCCUGUGCAAUAAAGCCACAAGAGGUUAACGUUGUGGGCACCACCAUUAAAAACCCUUUAACUGGCAAAGAGGUGGAUUUGGCGCCUAUUUAUUCCAAGUUGUACAAAGCUUCUGGUGAUAUCAGGCCAAAUGGUGAUUCGUAUACAUAUGACAUUCAGCUUUUGGGAAUUGCUAACCCUAAGAAUGUUCAGUGCCAAGGAUCCAACAUUUGCCAGGUCAAGGUGAACCAGCUUGCCUUCAGGCGUAUAGGCAUACCAGCCAAAGCAAAGUACUACCUUGAAGAUGAUGACCUGGAUGUCGUUUUCACUUCGAACUCCAUGUGCGGCCGCGAUCCAACAAAGAACGUCUCUUCCACUAUACUGCUACAUUGCAACCAGUUAGCAGGAAACGGGAAGCCAGAUUUCCUACACGAGACAUCUGAUUGCCAGUACCUGUUUACCUGGUACACCUCAAUAAUCUGUGACCUUGCGCCAAUCAUUGAUGUGAUUCCUGGCGAUAUAUCACCGGAUAUGGAUCAGGGCCUGUCUGGACGGAGCAGGGCUGUAGGCGCAAUGCUGAGCGUACUGCUGGUCGUGCUGACUGCCUGCCUGUUCAUCCUGCUGUUUUACAAACAGGAGCGAAGGGAAGCUAUAUUACAAAAAAUGAUGGGGUGUUGCCGGAGGAGAACGCGAGUAGCCUACAAGUAUACAAAGAUUAACGGCGAAGAGGAAGGUGAUGAACAUGAGACGGAAUGGUUGAUGGAAGAAGUCUCAUCGGCCGACGAGGGUUGUCCAAAGCCAGGGAGAAAGUGCCAGGAGAACGGUCUGAACCAUGUCGUCACCCGUGCUGUGAACCCGGACAUCCUCAGCUCAUUCCCAUUGGACGAUCAGGACAGUGAGGAUGAAGUGUUGAUGGUGCCCAAUGUGAAAGUCAGCUCCAGUCGGACACGCGAGCCCACGUCGGGGGCCAGGGGGAAGCAGUGGCAGCAGCACAAGCCCUUCCACGGCGGAAGAGACGAGGAUUUGGUCAGUGUGCAGAAAGGGAGCAAGGGGGACUCGAACUCAAAGCCUCGAGUGAAGCAGGACAGGCCAGCACAAGGCUCCCAAAGCGUGACAUUUCAUGACGACAGUGAUGAGGACAUGCUGAAAGUUUAACCAUUGUGCCUGUCUUCUGACGAAUCUGAUAGGACAGUCACUGCCAGACAUGGUUGUCUGAACUUUAUUCUGCUGAUAAUUUGAGGAACUAUGCUGAUCUGCAAAUUCUAAUGGAGGGGAACUGCAUAAACAAUCCUGACUGUUUACAAUGACAUGUAAAGAGAAAAUAAUUUCAAUUCCUAGCUAUUGCCUAUUUAUACUUUAAAUAAAACUAAAGCUUGUGCUCACAGCUGUUACGGGGGGUAUUGUUCCCAAGUAUUGCAAAGAGUUCUACAGUGCUUUAACUUCGAUUGACUUUUUUUUUUAAACAAAAAGCCAGGAGGAACAGUAAAAGAAUGUCUAUAGUUCAGUGUUUUUGAUUAGCUUCCAUGAAGCACUUCCUUUUUCUUGCAUAAUAUCUAUUGGAAGUUGUGGAAAAGUAGCAAGGGUCUGUGGAUACCGGUACUUUAAUCUUGCUCCCAAACAACAAAAAUGGAUGUGAAGGUGUUGGAGGAAGGGGAAACUAGUAUUGUGAAAUUAUUGUGGUACAUUCAGGAACGUAGGAUGGCAGGCAAAUCAUUUUGGUCUUAUUGCAUGUCCCUCCUGUGUACCCUACAUAAUCAUUGUCCACAUGGUACCAAAGUGCAACAAUAUAUUUGGGCAAGUGUUCUUUUUUUCCCAUCUAAUUCAGGUUUGGGUUCAAAGAUUUUUAUUUAGCAAUCAAAGCUAUGUGAUUUGUUUUCUUAUGAGAAGUUUGAUAAUUUUGUUGUAAUAUGAAUCAACACCACUCAUUACAAUAAAAGGUGAAAAUUCCCAAUCUGUUUAUGCUUCCAUU